AUGGAAGAGUUAGAGGACCCUGAUGACAAAUAAUACUCUGUUAGCUAGGAUCUGUAUCGUAUAUUGAGAUUCGUAGAGGAGCUUAUCGAGAAGGCUCUGAUUAAGCAACAGUAAGAGGACCCUAAAAACAAGAUAGACAUGAUUAAGAAGAUAUUUGUAAAUCCUAACGGAGUCUUCAAGCGAAGUGAUAUUGAAAAUAGAUUUAAGCAGUUGCUGCGCAGGCUAAAUGCUUAUGAUGAAAAAUAUGAUGUUUAUGAGAUAGCCAAGUCAUAGAUACUAGUUAAGGUCUUCAAAACAGAUGCUAAGUUUAGAGAUGAUCAGCUGUGGACUAAACUUCUAAGCGAGAGAUGCACAUUAGCCAAAUGA